AUGGGCGGCCCGGGCGAGGCGGGCUACGUGCGCGAGUUCACCCGCCACUCCAGCGACGUCCUGCUGAACCUCCACGAGCUGCGGAAGCGCCGCCUCCUCACCGACGUCACCCUGCGGGUGGGAGGGCGCCCCCUGCAGGCCCACAAAGCCGUCCUCACCGCCUGCAGCGGCUUCUUCUACUCCAUCUUCCUGGGCCAGGGCGGCCACGAGGUGAGUGUGCUGGCACUGCCCAGCUCCAUCGAGCCGGCUGGCUUCCAGGCCCUCCUGGACUUCAUGUACACCUCCCGCCUCCUCCUCACCCCGGGCACCGUGCCUGCUGUCCUGGCCGCCGCCUCCUACCUGCAGAUGGAGCAUGUGGUGGAAAGCUGCCAUCGCUUCAUCCAAGCCAGCUACGACCGCGUGCCUUUCCUCUUCGCUCCCCCGGCUGACAGCUUCCUUCCCCUGGGCGAGGAAGGGGCCUCCUCGGUGGUGGGCUUCCCGAGCCUGAUGCUGGACCCACCGGCCGGCCCCUGCUUCCCCCCCAAGGAUAAGGAGCCAGGCUCCGGGAUGUCUCCAGGCGCUGCGGGCCAGUCGCCUCCUGGCCAGCCCGCCUCCCCUCGAGGAUCCAGCAGCUGCAACCCCAGCCCGGCCCCAAAAGCCUCCUGCCACUGGAAGAAGCACCGCUUUAUCAUGCUGAACUCCCUUCUGCGAGACCAGGCCGGCGGCCAGCAAGACUCCUCCGGGACCCCGGCUCCACACAGGAUGCCUGCAGCACAGACCCAUGGCUGCCCCGUCUGCAACCAGCCACCCCCAUGGCUCUGCUCACAUUCCCGAGAGGAUGUUUCCAGGAGCCGGGGAAGCCCGUCUGGCAUAGGGUACCAGGAGGAAGACGAGGAGGGGGAGGAAGGAGGGAGAGCGCCGGCGCAACCCCCCUCUGAGGAAAAGCCUUACAAAUGCCAUUUCUGCAACUCUGCUUUCCGUUACAAGGGGAACUUGACAAGCCACAGGUCCCUGCAUACAGGAGAGAAACCUUAUCGCUGCAGGAUUUGCGGGGCCCAGUUCAACCGGCCGGCCAACCUGAAGACGCACCUGCGCAUCCAUUCGGGGGAGAAGCCGUUCAAGUGUGAGACCUGCGGCUCCCGUUUUGUACAGGUAGCUCACCUGCGGGCCCAUGUCCUGAUCCACACUGGGGAGAAGCCCUACCCCUGUGACACCUGCGGGACCCGCUUCAGGCACCUGCAGACGCUGAAGAGCCAUAUCCGCAUUCACACAGGCGAGAAGCCUUACCAGCAAAUCACAGCCAAUGGAGGGUUUCAGAGACAUACCAACUAUUCAGAGGCUGCUUCCUGCUUGACCCCGGUCUGUUCUUGGCAGUGUGAGAAAUGCAACCUGCGCUUCCGCCACAAGAGCCAGCUGCGGCUUCACCUGCGACAGAAACACGGCGCGAUCACCAACACCAAGAUCCGCUACAAAGUUCUUGACGGUCCCUACGCCACCCUCUGCUAA